AUGUUUGUGCCUCAUGCCCGAGUGCGUCUCGUCGGUUUACGAGAACAUACCGAGCGUCGACGUCGACGAGUGGCCAGAAGGCGUUUAAAUUGUAUAGAAAUAAUUCGUAUGCCCUGUUUAUUACCGACAUUGGGAGCAAUUUUAUUAGGCAUAUUUGUUAUGGCCAGUGGGUGUAUGAUGAGUGUUCUAGGUUAUAAGGCACAAAUAUCCACGGAUCCGACAUUGAUGCAGAAUACUACUGAAAUCGUUUCCAUGCAGGAUGAAACGACUUAUUACACAUUAAAAGUAAUGUCGUAUAUUGGACCUAUGUUAAUGGGUAUAGGAUUAUUUGUUAUUAUUGUGGCUGCUGUAUUAUAUUGUGAAAUAAUGGAUAAAUAUGUCAACAUAGUGCCGGAUAAAAAUUCCAAGAAAAUAGGACGCGAUCAACUUUACAAAAUGAUCAUUGAACAGUUUAGAAAGAAUUAUUUCCGAGGUAUCGAAGUGCCUUUACAAAAACCUCAUCCACUUCUUAGGUCUAGCUCGAUGAACAAAACUCUGUUCAAAGCUUUAAGUAUUAGUACACCCGCCAUGUUGGCCACCCCUGAAUUAACGAGUCCGUGGAAGACAAGGCAUAAAUCCCCUGUUCCAGACAUGACUAUUAAAGAAUCUGUGAAACAAAAAUUAAUGGAAUGGGAAGAGAUAUGGCUAAAGACGUCUUCGCUUCCUAAUAUCCGCCCUGCUGAGAAUGUUUCCACGGAUAUUGAAUCUACGUCAGAUAUCACACGAGAGGAAUAUCUUAAAAGUAAACGAAUGUCUAAGAGUUGUGGCCAUGUGCCACAUGUGUACAAUUCUGUUGGAGAGUUUUCGGAAGUGGCGUCAUCGGGCUUAGAUAACCCAGCAUAUCUUCCCGACGCGGAGAAAGAAAAACUCCUGAAACCAACGACGGCGAAAUUGCCUGAUAAUUAUCAAAGUUUUGAAAAUGUGAAAGACCCCUUAAACGUUCAGUUAGUUUCUGUGAUAGUUCAUAAGGCUUCCAUACAUACACCCCCUAAAAUAUAUGAUAUGCAAAUGAAAGGUAUGCGAGCUAUAAGAUCGUUUGAUCACGAAUCGGGACUAGAUAAAACAUUUGUUGACAUGAAACAAAGUAAUAAGUGUAAAAGCUGUAUCGGCCUUGUGAGUGGACAGAAAUCACCUAAUCUACUUCAUGCUAAUACUCAUUUUAAGCCCAGACAACAAGAGGAAGGUGUUACGACGAACACUAUAGCUAUAUCCGGUGAUAUGUUAAGGAUAUUCGACAUGGCAGAAAUGGCACAAGUGUAA